AUGUCAACCAUUUCUUCCAUCAUCCCUCUGUUCUUGCAGGUGUCCAUGGGCGUCGCAACCAUGAAAUUCCUGCUGAUCGUCGCUUCCGUCAUCGCCGUGGCCGUCGCUGGCCCGACCCGCGUCCUGGUCACCCCUGGCGGUGGCUCCGCGCCCAUCGUGGAAGCUGAAUCCCCUGUCAUCGCUGGACCCGCUCUGGUUGAGAGCCCCAUCUCCGUUGGACCCGCCCUGGUUGAGAGCCCCAUCUCCGUUGGACCCGCCCUGGUGGAAACCCCCAUUGUUGAGAGCCCCGUUGUUGUGGACACCCCGAUUGUUGAGAGCCCCGUCGUUGUGGACACCCCCAUUGUUGAGAGCCCCGUCGUUGUGGACACCCCCAUUGUUGAGAGCCCCGUCGUUGUGGACACCCCCAUUGUUGAGAGCCCCGUCGUUGUGGACACCCCCAUUAUUGAGAGCCCCGUCGUUGUGGACACCCCUAUUGUUGAGAGCCCCAUCGUUGUGGACACCCCCAUUGUUGAGAGCCCCGUCGUUGUGGAUACCCCCAUUGUUGAGAGCCCCGUCGUUGUGGACACACCCAUUGUUGAGAGCCCCGUCGUUGUGGACACCCCCAUUGUUGAGAGCCCCGUCGUUGUGGACACCCCCAUUGUUGAGAGCCCCGUAGUUGUGGACACCCCCAUUGUUGAGAGCCCUGUCGUUGUGGACACCCCCAUUGUUGAGAGCCCCGCCGUUGUGGACACCCCCAUUGUUGAGAGCCCCGCCGUUGUGGACACCCCCAUUGUUGAGAGCCCCGCCGUUGUGGACACCCCCAUUGUUGAGAGCCCCGCCGUCGUCGACACCCCCAUCGUCGAUGUGAGCCCCGUCUUCGUCGAGCACCCCAUCGUUGUUGAGAGCCCCGUCGUCGUGGACACCCCCAUCGUCGGUGAAAGCCCCGUCUUCGCCGAGCUCCCUAUUGUUGUCGACGCCCCCAUCGUUGACGCCAGCCCCGCUGCUGUUACUCCCGUCGAGGCUGAGUCGGUCUCCUAUGCCGCCGCUCCCCUGGUUCAGAUCAUCCUGAACAUCAACCAGGCUGCCGCCCCCGAGGCCGUCGUCGUGCCUGAGGCCCCCGCUGUCGUGCCGUCUCCCAUCAUCGUCGAGGAGUCUCCCGCCGUGGCUGAGCUCCCCAUCGUGGUCGACACCCCCGUGGUGGCCCCUGAGCCCAUCCAGGUCGUCGACACCCCCGUGGAGGCCCCCAUCGUGGUCGACACCCCCGUCGUGGUCGAGCCCGAGCCCAUCGAGCUCCCCACCCCCGUGCUGCCCGCUCCCGUUGAGGUCGCCCCCGUGGUCGUCCUCCCCGACAUCCUCAACUCAACCAUGAAAUUCUUGUUGAUCGUCGCUUCCGUCGUCGCCGUGGCCGUCGCUGGCCCAACCCGCGCACUCGUGACCCCUGGCAGUGGUUCCGCGCCCAUCGUGGAAGCUGAAUCCCCCAUCUCUGUCGGACCUGCCCUGAUUGAGAGCCCCAUCUCCGUCGGACCCGCCCUGGUUGAGUUCCCUGAGAGCCCCGUCGUCGUUGACACUCCCAUCGUCGGUGAAAGCCCCGUCUUCGCUGAGCUCCCCAUCGUUGUUGAGGGCCCCGUCGUUGUGGACACCCCCAUCGUCGGUGAAAGCCCCGUCUUCGCCGAGCUCCCCAUUGUUGUCGACGCCCCCAUCGUUGACGCCAGCCCCGCUGCUGUUACUCCCGUCGAGGCUGAGUCCGUCUCCUCUGCCGCCGCUCCCCUGGUUCAGAUCAUCCUGAACAUCAACCAGGCUGCCGCCCCCGAGGCCGUCGUCGUGCCUGAGGCCCCCGCUGUCGUGCCGUCUCCCAUCAUCGUCGAGGAGUCUCCCGCCGUGGCUGAGCUCCCCAUCGUGGUCGACACCCCUGUGGUGGCCCCUGAGCCCGUCCAGGUCGUCGACACCCCCGUGGAGGCCCCCAUCGUGGUCGACACCCCCGUGGUGGUCGAGCCCGAGCCCAUCGAGCUCCCCACCCCCGUGCUGCCCGCCCCCGUCGAGGUCGCCCCAGUGGUCGUCCUCCCCGACAUCCUCAACUAAGCCAAAAAC